AUGAACAGCGACCAAGGAAAAGUUGUGUGGAAUUCAACCUUGACAGAAAUUUUCAUUAAGGAAUGCUUGGAGCAAGUGUACAAGAAACAAAGGAAGGGAACUACUUUCAAUAAAAAUGGGUGGCAGUCAAUAAUUGAGGAGUUUGAGGCAAAAACAGGAAAAAGGAAAAUCUCCUUUAUGGAAAAUUUGGAUAUAAAGACCCAAAUAGAGGAUGAUGAUGAUGAGGAUGUGUACGACCCUGCUAUUGACCUUCGAGAAGGCUCCGGUGAUAGUGAAGAGGAGCUAAAUUUAACUGACACUGCAGCACCUACGGGGGUCACCGAUGAGCUCUUGGGCUUGAAUGUCACCACAAAUACCAGUGGAACCAGUGGUGACGGAAGUCAAAGCAAGAGAAAGAGGGUUGUAGGCAUUGGUGGGAGAAAAAAGCAAAAAGUCCCUGCCUUAAUGAAAAUAGCAUAUGUGAUAAGUGAAAUGGCUAAGGAUAAUAGAGCAAGAACGGAGACAGUGAACAAGAUUUUAGCAAAUGACAUAGGAGUUUCUGAGGUUGUGGUUCACCUAAAUGAACUCCCAUAA